AUGGCCUGCCAUUCGAAGCUUAUCGAUAGACGCACAGCAGAAGAACACGCCGACCCCUCAGUCUACGAAAUAAUACGACGAGAAGAGCGGCGGCAAAAGCACUGGGUCAAUCUCAUUCCAUCUGAGAACUUCACCAGCCAAGCAGUCCUCGAUGCCUUAGGUAGUGUGAUGCAGAACAAAUACUCCGAAGGCUAUCCUGGCGCACGAUACUACGGCGGUAAUGAGCACAUCGAUGAGGCGGAACGGUUAUGUCAGCAGAGGGCGUUGGCGACGUUUGGGUUGAAAGAGUCGGAAUGGGGUGUUAACGUACAGCCGCUCUCUGGCUCACCAGCCAAUCUGUACGCUUAUUCUGCGCUACUGAACACACAUGACCGUAUUAUGGGACUGGACCUGCCGCAUGGUGGACACUUGUCGCAUGGCUACCAGACGCCGACGAAGAAGAUCUCGGCUAUCAGCAAGUACUUCGAGACUCUUCCAUAUCGACUGGAUGAGACCACCGGCUUGAUCGACUAUGCGAAGCUGGAAGAGCUGGCUCUCCUUUACAGACCUCGCAUCAUCAUUGCUGGAACAAGCGCUUACAGCCGACUGAUCGACUACAAGAAGUUCCGAGAUGUCGCAGACAAGGUAGGCAACACAUAUCUGCUAGCAGACAUGGCGCAUAUAUCUGGUCUAGUGGCUGGCGGUGUGAUACCUUCUCCGUUCGAGUACGCAGAUGUGGUGACUACGACUACGCACAAGAGCUUGAGGGGACCACGAGGAGCUAUGAUCUUCUUCCGAAAAGGCACAAGGCGGAUAGAUAAGAAGACGGGCUUGGAGGAGAAGUAUAACCUUGAGAACCCCAUCAACGCUUCAGUAUUUCCAGGCCAUCAAGGAGGCCCUCAUAACCACACCAUUACGGCUCUGGCAGUAGCACUUCAUCAAGCACAACAACCAGAAUUCAAGGACUACCAACGACAGGUCCUCGAGAAUGCCAAAGCCCUGGCGGCACGACUUGGACAAGGCAAGGAGAGUGGCGGUCUUGGCUACAACAUUGUUAGUGGUGGCACAGACAACCACCUUGUCCUUGUAGAUCUCAAGAACAAAGAUGUAGAUGGUGCCCGUGUCGAGCGCAUACUAGAACUCGUCGGCGUAGCAGCGAACAAGAACACCGUGCCUGGCGACAAAUCAGCGAUGAAGCCCGGCGGCAUCCGCAUGGGUACACCGGCCAUGACGACUCGUGGUUUCCAGGCUCCAGACUUCAAGAGGGUGGCGGAUGUUGUGCAUCGUGCUGUCAAUAUUACCAAGAUUUUGGAUGGCAAGGCGAUUGAUGCGGCUGAGAAGAGUGGUAGGAAGAAUCCAAAGAGUGUCAAUGCGUUUAGGGAGUAUGUUCGUGAGGGCGAGGAAGUGGUGGAGAUUCUUGAGCUGAAGAGAGAGGUCGAGGAUUGGGUUGGCACUUUCUCGCUGCCGUGGGAUAAGGCUCAUUAG